CCAACGGUCGAUAUUCCCCCCCGAUCCCCAUCCCCGGCCUCCAUCCGGCCGUCGGAUGGUGCGGUGGCAUGGGUUUUAUCCCUUUAUUUAAGGCAUGGGAUGUCUUGGGGGUCAUAGUAUAAGGAAGAAGAAGAGAGUGUUAAGGAAGAAAUCAAGGAAGAAAUCAAAAGGAGCAACCAGAAGGGAGAAGGGAAAAAUGGCCUCCUCUAUGCUCUCAUCUGCCGUAGUUGGCAACGCCAAGACCCCGGCCCAGGCCACCCUGGUCGCACCCUUCACCGGCCUCAAGUCGGCCUCCGCCUUCCCCGUCACCCGCAAGAACGCCGACAUCACCUCCCUCGCCAGCAAUGGCGGAAGAGUGCAGUGCAUGAAGGUGUGGCCACCACUUGGGCUGAAGAAGUUCGAGACCCUCUCCUACCUCCCUCCUCUCUCCGAAGCUCAGUUGGGAAGGGAAGUUGACUACCUCCUCCGCAUGGGCUGGGUUCCUUGCUUGGAAUUCGACGUCGGGAGUGGAUUCGUGUACCGUGAGAACCACAGGUCCCCUGGGUACUACGACGGGAGGUACUGGACAAUGUGGAAGCUGCCCAUGUUCGGGUGCACUGACUCCUCCCAGGUGCUGAAGGAGCUCCAGGAGGCCAAGAAGGCCUACCCUGACGCCUUCAUCCGUAUCAUCGGAUUCGACAAUGUCCGCCAAGUGCAGUGCAUCUCCUUCAUCGCCUACAAGCCCCCGCGCUACGCACAGAGCUGAAGGGAUGAAACAUAUAAUGGUCGCUGAAGGGAAUUGGGUCGUCUUGUUGAUGAACUGUACUUCAAAAAAAACAAAGCUGUGGAUCAGAAGGCCCAUUUCUGUUUCCAUUUUCAUUUCUUUGUUUGCUUGUUUUCUGGUUCAGUGUUAUGAGACAUUAUUCCUCUGGCUUUUCGGAUUGCUGAUGCAAUGUGAGAACUUAAUUAAUGAAUAAUUUUAUUUUCUCAUCAUCACAAAA